AUGCGGCCUUCGAUAAUCUCCCUCGUCGCUCUCUCACUUUUUCUCGGGCUGGCGUACGCUGGCGGCGUUGAAGAGGACAAACGAGACAAUGUCUGUACCGUCAAAGCAAAUGGAAAGCAGAAGGAUGAUGUGCCAAACCUUCUUAGGGCUUUCAAUGAAUGCGGAAAUGGAGGCACAAUCAUCUUUCCUGAAGAUCAGUCAUAUUGGAUUGGGGCGAGACUUAAUCCUGUUCUGAAUGAUGUCUCAGUGCAAUGGAGAGGAAAGUGGACAUUCUCGGACAAUUUCGACUACUGGCGCAACAACUCCUUUCCUGUUGCCUUCCAAAACCAUCGCGCGGGCUUCUUAUUAGUGGACUCAACAUCACCAUUGAUGGAUACGGUACCGGAGGCAUCUAUGGCAACGGCAAUACGUGAUAUACCGCAGAAAAGGGCGUCACACAACCUGGACCGAUGCCGUUCUUCUUUUGGAACGUCUAUGAAGUUAAUGUCGGGAACUUUUGUGAAAGACCCGCCUCUCUGGAGUCUCAAUAUUAUAAACGGCACGAACAUGCGGUUCAACAGCAUCUACUGUAACGCAACAUCAGUAGAUGCGCCGUACGGCCACAACUGGGUGCGGAAUACGGAUGGAUUUGAUACCAUGGAUGCUGUGAACAUCCAACCCACCAAUUUCGUGUACCAAGGUGGGGAUGACUGCAUCGCCAUCAAGCCUCGAUCGUACAACAUCGACAUCGAGGAUGUGACAUGCGUUGGCGGAAAUGGCAUUGCCAUUGGUAGUCUUGACCAAUAUCUCGAGGACUCCAACGUGGAGAAUGUCCGUGUGGAUAAGUUGAAUGUAGCGCCUCUGCAGACGGAUUACUGCCUACAUGCACAACUCCGCGUAUAUAAAAACAUGGGUCGGCUCUCUGGUGCUCCAAAGCUCAUACGAAAGCGCUGGUCUCCCUCGCAGUGGAGGCUGGGGCAAUGCUACACAAGCGGUGGUACCAGUGUCACAUCGAAGGUCUCUUGCUCCGAGGUUCAUCCUUGUUACAACAUCGAAUUUGACAACGUGGUCCUCUAUUCUGGCAAAAAUGCAUCGAGUCCUAGGACAGGAUCCUGUAAAUAUACCGCAAACGGAGGUGUCCAUGGGCUGGCGGGAUGUUGGCUGAGUUGGCGAGAAAUAGUCGAAAUCGUAUCUAGUUCAUUGAGGAGAAAUACUGACAACAUACCAUCUUUGGAGUGUUACCAACGUCACAGAGAGCCAUGCCGCGUAUAG